CGACACUAUCGUAAGCGGCUGUCUCCACUCUACUGUUUUGCCGAAAAGGUUUGUUAAAAUAGCAAAAGACAACCACCCAUGGCUGAUUCUGAGGACGAGUACGAUCGCAAGCGGCGUGACAAGUUCCGCGGGGAGCGCAGUGACAGCUAUCGGACAGAGCGCCGGGAUGAGCGUCGUCCAGUGGGCGGUUCAACGGGCGCCCGGGACGAGUGGUCGGAGCGCAAUCCAUUCAGGGGCGGCGCUUCCGCAGGAGGCGGCGGCGGAGGAGCCCGCCAUAGGCCUGACUACAGUGAAUAUCGUGGUCCGGGGCCAAGGACACGCUACGGAUCUCCCGGUCGGGACUUGCCGCCUGCCAAGCGCAUGCGUCCGGACUGGGGCGAUGGAGAUGUGCGCGGUAAUCCCCGGUUCGGUGGCUACGACCCCUAUCUUAUGCAGGCCUGGAACGAUCACUACCAGUCGAUACACUCUGCAUACUCGCAUGCUGGUCACGUGCCACCGGCCAGGGAGCCCAUUAGCAGUGGCGGCGAUACGCUAACCCAGCCUGCGAUGCUCAACCUGAAGCAGUUCCUGGACACACAGGAUGAAAACAUCUCCGACUCGGAGGUCAUGCGAAAGUACACCGAGUACAAGACCGACUUCAAGCGCCAACAGCUGAACGAGUUCUUCGUGGCCCACAAGGAUGAGGAAUGGUUCAAAAACAAGUACCACCCAGAGGACAGUGUCAGACGCAGCGAAGAACAGCGUGGCUUCCUAAAGAGACGUACUGACGUAUUCGUGGAGUUACUCAAUAACGGUGCUAUAGGUGCCGUCAAAGUGGACUCCUCCCAAGCUGAUGCCCUUAUUCGUGUUUUAGAUACGUGCGUCAUAAAGCUAGAGGGAGGAACCGAUGAGGACCUCAAAGUGCUCGACGAGAAGCCCAAAGAGCCCCAAGUCUACGAAAGAAAGGCGGAGACGGCUGAGGUGGCCAAGGGGACUGAUGAACAAAUCAAGAGUCCCAAGAGGGAGAAGCAAGACGAGGACGAUUCGUUGUCGGUGGUCGUAUCGCCACAACGAAAAAUUAUCAAGCCUCUCAACUCCGACGAGGAGAACUGGGAUGAAGAGGACGCAGCGCCAGAUGCAAAGGAGAGAAGGGAAGAACCAAAAGCUAUAGAUUCUAGUUCGGAGAGCAAGAAGCUAAAAAAGAAAACAAAGAAGCGUAAAAGAACCAGCAGCGAUGAUAACAGCUCCUCGUCUGAGCAGGACUCUAGCUCCAGCUCGGAGGAUGAGGAUGAAGCCAAGCUAAAGCAGAAGUACGAUGUAGAGGAUGGACUCAGGAGCGAACAAAAAGCUGAGGCUGAGAGGGACAGAGAAGAAGCGGCCAAAGCAAAGGAGACACCUAAAAGUCCAAUCGAGUCGACAGCAGAGAAAAUUGAUUCCGAACCCCAAGAACCAACCACCGAAAGCAAGGACGGCGAGCCACCUAACUCUCCGAAAGCAGAUCCGGGCGAACCAAUGGAGACAGAAAAUGGUGGAUCGAGCCAAACUGAGAACAUCGGAGAAAAGUCUGCUGGCGGAGAAAAGCAGAUGGAGCAAACCGAGACCAUUGAUGUAGACAAGUUGAAAGAUGGUCAGCCACGUGCCCUGCAUCGCACUUCUUCCAUUUUUCUCCGUAACCUGGCACCUUCCAUAACCAGAGCAGAGAUCGAAGGCAUUUGUACUCGUUUUAGCGGUUAUCUGAGAGUGGCUAUUGCUGAUCCUCUGGUGGAGCGCCGAUGGUAUCGUCGCGGCUGGAUUACGUUUAUCCGGGACGUUAACAUUAAAGAGAUUUGCUGGAGCCUGAACAAUCAGCGUCUGCGGGAUUGCGAAAUGGGGGCUAUUGUAAAUCGGGAUCUUAGCCGUCGCGUGCGGCCAGCUAACGGAAUCACCGCACACAAGCAGGUUGUGCGAUCGGAUAUUAAGCUGUGCGCCAAGAUCGCCAUAAAUCUGGAUGACAGGUUCAGGCUCUGGACAGAGUCCUCCUCAGAUGAGGCAAUGCGUGCCAGUGGCGAGUCGUCAUCAAAUGGAGGUGGCUCCACAUACGGCUUUAACUCUAAAAAUCCGGUGUUGCAAAAUAUUACCGACUACCUCAUUGAAGAGGCUUCUGCAGAAGAGGAUGAGCUCCUUGGCCUGACCGGCAACAACAAGGACAACGAAGGCGAGCCCAUCGAACGCGACGAGCAGUUGCUUGCUGUAUUGGACCGACUCGUUCUGUAUCUCCGCAUCGUUCAUUCCGUCGAUUAUUACAACCAUUGCGAGUACCCGUACGAGGACGAGAUGCCAAACCGAUGUGGCAUCAUCCACGCCCGCGGUCCAGCUCCUGCACGGGUCACAAAUAAUGAUGUACAAGAAUACAUCAAAACGUACGAGGGAAAGCUGCAGCAGUUCCUCACAAAGACUGUCCUGCUGGGAGACGAAGAAAUCAAGGACUUGGGUGCGAAAGACGCAGAGACAGAGGUAGAGAAGUUUGUGCAGGCCAAUACGCAAGAGCUGGCUAAGGACAAGUGGCUAUGUCCGCUUUCGGGUAAGAAGUUCAAGGGCCCCGAGUUUAUUCGCAAGCACAUUUUCAACAAGCACGAGGAAAAAGUCGACGAGGUUCGCAAGGAGGUGCAGUACUUUAACAAUUACCUGCGGGAUCCAAAGCGCCCGCAGCUGCCCGAACACCCUGGCAGCUCUAAACGCCCAGAAGCGGAAUCUGGUCGUGGUGUCGGCGGAGGAUAUCGCCAACCCAUGUAUCCGCCAUUCUCGGCAAUGCCGUACGGAUUUGGGCCACCGAUGAUGGGUGGAGGCCGAGGAGGACGCAACUUUCCGCCAGCUCGCAGAGAAUUGCCUUUGGAACACCAGCGCCGGCUUAUCGGUUACCAUGAUUUGGAUGCGCCUGCCAAUUCCGAUAUGUUUGACUAAUUUCGUUAACACAGUACAAUUGAAAAAGAGAGAAAGGCUCACUUUAACGUUUGGCGAGCUCAAGUUUUAAACGCAAUUCAAGCAAUGCUAAUGCUAGGAGAGUAUCAGCUGCAUAAAAAAGAGGUUUAUAUACAUGCGACUACUGAUACCCCUACCGUUUCCAUGUACAAUAUUACGCCAAUUGUAUUAAGUAUCCGACAAAGCAACGUUGCCAAUUUUUAUUUGCCCGAAAUAAAUGCGAGUUCGUCUUGUA